UGGACCACAGAGCGCCCCCCGCAGGAAGAAUGAGUUGGCGCCGUCGUCUUGGAAACAGAUUUGGCGCCCAGUGAUGUGCGAAGCAGACGACGUAAAGCAUUCUGGGUAAUUUUGAAAGAUGGCGGACGAAGUGGAGCAGCAACAAACCACCAAUACUGUUGAAGAGCCUCUGGAUCUGAUCCGGUUGAGUUUAGAUGAGAGGAUCUAUGUGAAGAUGAGAAACGACAGAGAGCUGCGCGGCAGACUGCACGCCUAUGACCAGCAUUUAAACAUGAUCCUUGGGGAUGUUGAGGAGACUGUCACGACUGUGGAGAUUGAUGAAGAGACGUAUGAGGAGAUUUAUAAGUCAACGAAGAGAAACAUUCCCAUGCUGUUUGUCCGAGGGGAUGGAGUUGUGCUAGUAGCCCCCCCGCUGAGAGUAGGAUAACUUCAUUUGGACAAGCUCAUCUGACCUACAUCAUUUUUGUUUCCUAAGAUGGACUUUUAAGUGAAUAACGUUUUUGUUUUGAACCGCAGAGUUCUGUUUGUUUUGAAGUCUAUGUUCCAUUUUAUGUUUGGCAAACUCUAAGGUAUUAUGUACUUUUUCAAUACUGGUAAAGUAAUUAAAAGUUUUAUUUUCAAAAAACAGAUAUUUUCAAAAAAAUAAUAAAAACCAUGUUUUGAUCAGGCAAACCUUUUCCAUAAAACAUGUAAUUUGC